AUGGUCCGGGUCUCACUCUCCAGGCUUUUACACUUUCGAUCGCUGCUGCGAGCUGUGGCUGGUGACUACAAAGAGGGAAGCUUGUCCGAGGCUGUGGAAUUCAUCGCGAGAUCCGAUCGAGGGAGCAGCAAGGAUGCUUACUACUUCCUCCUGCGACGAUGUAUCAAAGAGAAAGGUCUCGAGGAGGGCCGCCGGCUCCAGGGACUGAUCAGAAAGAGGCGAUACGACCACGAUGGCUUCCUGGGCAAUCUCCUGAUCAAGCUCUUCGGCGUUUGCAACAGCACCGAGGAAGCGCGCUACGCGUAUGACACUCUGCCGACUAGUAACAGCAUGAUUGCGCUCAACAACAUGCUGGAGGCUUACAUUGUGAACGGGAGGAUCGAGGAGGCCAGGGAGUUCUUCGAUGGUGCUGCGAAGAGGGACGUCAAGACUUGGAACAUCAUGCUCUCGGCGUAUACCCAGAGAGGGCUCAUGGACGAGGCCAAGGAGCUGUUCAAGCUGGCGAAGGAUCCGGCAGUGGACCUCUGGGUGACGAUGAUCGAGGGGUAUGCGCGUGCCGGGAUGCCGCAGAGGGCGUUCACGAUCUUCCGAGCUUCGCCCGGGCACGAGAGAGUGUGGGGAGCUAUGAUCGCAGCAUUUGCCGAGAGCGGGGAUCUUGCGACGGCGAAGGAGAUGGUGCACAGGAUGAAGAACCCGAGUGUGGCUUCUUGCACGCCGCUGUUCGAGGCUUACCUCAAGGCUGGAGAGAUCAGCGACGCGCAGGACGUGUUCAACAAGAUGUCUACUUCGUACGAGGCUCCGUGGACGACGCUGCUCAUGGCUUACCUCGAUCGGGCGAUGUUCUCUGAAGCGAAGCGCAUCUUCAAGCUCAUGCCCAACAGGGAUCCGGUCGCGUGGAACGCGAUGAUCCGUGCUCACUCUUUGCAUGGAGAGAUCGAGGAGGCUAGGAUUCUGUUCGAGGGAAUGGGAGCGCAGCGGAACUUGGAGUCGUGGAACACGAUCAUGGCGGCCUACAACAGGAACGGACAGGCAGGGGACACGUACAAGAUCUUCAAGGGGAUGAUCCAGAGAUAUGUCAAGCCGGACAAGAACUCGUUCCUCACGGUCAUGGAGUCGUGCACCAAUUUGGACGAUGCUGGGAAGAUUGCGAAGGAGUUUCGGUGGAGCUCUUGCCUCAGAGAUCUGGAGCUGAACAACUUGCUUCUCAAGACGUUCUUGAGGCUGGGGUCUCUCGAGGAGGCAACCUCGGUUUUCCAUUCGAUAGAGGAGAAGAACUUGGAGUCGUGGAGUUUGAUGGUGUCUGGAUUGGCCACGAAGGGGAAGUAUGCAGCGGCUGUGAGUUUGCUCUCCAACAUGGUGCUCAGGGGUGUGAUGCCGGACAACGGCAUCUUUACGAGCAUGGUAUCCGCGUGCAGGUCUCUAGGCCGGACUGACGAAGCUGCAAGCUAUCUCCGAUCCAUGGUCGCAGACUUUGAGGUGUAUCCGGUCCUGGAAGAUUAUCUCUGUGUGAUGGAGCUUCUCAAGCCCAAGCAAGCGGAAGAGCUGCUCAACUGCAUGCCUUUCGAGCCGGACUACGACGUGUGGAAGACUUUUCUUGGGGUUUGCCAGAGGGCCGGGGACAAGGAGCUCACUGAGAUGGCCGAGAAAGCUCUGCGACGGCUGUGUCCUAUCGCAGUCUGUGUAUGA